GCAGAAAUGCAACAGUUUGUAUUUAACUGAAGCAAGAGCUACAAGCAACAGCGUGUUCUAAUUCAUGCAGUCUAAGGUCUACGACUGAUUGCCUGAGACUUUCUCAUCAAAAUAAACGAAUGCAGCAGUAAUACCGGCAGCAAGAAAACUUAAAUAUCCAUUCUACAACAGAAGAGUCAAGGAAAUUGCAACAGCUGCUCUCUACACGAACGGCACCGAGCAUUUAUAAAAAGAGCUCCAAAACAAUUCUAAUAAAAAGCAACAUGGAAAAUAAUUGCAAGAAAGAAAGUGACAACACAGGCAAAUGUUUUACAAACACCUCUGAGUAUUCAGACGAAUUUGACUGUGUCACCAACCAGUACAGAGAGUUCAUAAAAUUAUGCAAGAAAGAGCUCGACAACGACAAAUUGCCGAAAAACUUCGAUAACUGGGCAAUCACCGAGCAAUACGAUCACCUGAUAAGCAACGCGAGCAAAUACUUCACAAACAUACCUGAAUCCCUCAGGUUUAUUCUGCCGGCGGUCUUUGAGGACGGAGAUUGCGGCCGACCGGCCGACGAGAGGCCGGAAUGGUUGGACAUGGAUAAGUUUCGCCGAGGACAGGAAUUCGCCCUGCGUUACUUCAGCAUGCUCUCCAUAAGCAUGUUGAUGGGCCUGCUCGAGGUAUUCGUCUUCACCGACGGGCUGAAGGUGCUGAUCCUGAGCCAAAAGUCCAACACGCCGUAUCGUGCCUUCCAGCGAUACUUGUCGACGAUCAGUCGCUUCAGGAAUUGGUACACGAGCGAUCCUUGGUGUCCAGGAACCCAGGCUUACCGCGACAUCCAGGCGGUGCGGAGGAUGCACCGCUCCAUGAGACGCAAGCUGUGCAGCAUGGACGACAAGACGUUCCAGGAGACCAGCAAGGUGCCGAACUCCCACUGUCCCGUAAUGGGCGCGAUCGCGACGGAGUUCGCGAACACAUGCCCGAGGACGAAGAACAUGCAGUGUCCGUACACAAUGAUGCAAAUGAGGGCGAUCAAUCAGGGUGACAUGUCCGGCACGCAGUUCGCUUGCAUGGGUCUGACGGUGCUCUACCCGGAGAAGUUCGGGGUGCACGUCAGCGAGGAAGACCUGGAGGCGUUCUGUCACCUCUGGCGCGGCUUGGGCUACCUUCUGGGCAUCGAGGACCAUUACAACUUUUGUCGCGGCACUCUGCCGGAGGUGCGCAAACGCGCCGAGGACUUCGUCGAGCACUGGAUGAAGCCGAACUUCCGCACGCUCACGUUGGAAUGGCAACACAUGACCAAGUGUCUUUUUCAGGGCAUAGGCAGCAUCAUUUACUUUAAUAAUUACAAGCUGAUUUUGAUGCGCCUCUGCGAUAUAUACAAACUUGAUAUGUCUGGUCUCUACAAAACCUUCAGUCCAUUGGAGAAAAUAAUGUAUGCGCUAAUGAAGUUUCUGCUUGCCUACUUGAUAUUAUUACCGGGUGUCCUCUUCGUCAUGAACUCGAUCGUUCACGUAUCUCUAGAUCAGGCGAGCAAAUCUGAAGCCAGAAAGCAAGGCGAGAGAUUGCUGAAGAGGCAACCAUCCAAAAUGGUUUCGAAAUUUUCUCUCAUACUUUAGGUUGCUCAACUUUAGAUCUAAGGUCUUUUGUGAUAUAUCAAGUUUCUUCAAUGUUUUUUAGUUAUUAUGAUAAAUAUAAAUCGUUCAACAAG